GGUUACUUGUUCAAAAAGCGAGCAACAUUGCUGACUCGCUGCCCAGUAACGACACGCAACACCGCGCACUCACAGAGUGGUGGCCUUGUCUCUACGAACACUACAACUUCCUCCUCCUCUGAUACACUCGAUCCUGAAACAUCUACUGAGCUCAGAUUUUUGGAGAAGAUGAAUUCUGGUGGAUACGCCGUUGAAGUUACGGGUCUAUCUCCGAAAGCAACAGAGAAAGAUGUCUACGAUUUCUUCGCCUUCUCUGGUUCCAUCGACCAUGUAGAAAUCGUCAGAUCGGGUGAAUGUGCAUGCACUGCCUAUGUGACGUUCAAAGAUUCGUAUUCUCAGGAGACUGCUUGCUUGCUCAGUGGUGCCACAAUUAUUGAUCAAGCUGUGUGCAUAACACGCUGGGGGCACUAUCAAGAUGAAUUUGAUUUUUGGAACAGGCCUCGGCAUGAAGCGGAAACUGAUUCAACUCCUCCACAUGGAAGCCAGAAUCUUCCUAGUGCUGGACAAGUGGUGAGUGUGGCCCAGGAAGCAGUCUUGACCAUGUUGGCCAAGGGAUUUGUGCUCGGAAAAGAUGCAUUAGCCAAGGCGAAAUCAUUGGAUGAGUCUCAUCAAGUUUCGGCAAGUGCAACAGCUAGGGUGACUGAACUGAGCCAGAGAAUUGGCCUAACCGAUAAGAUUUACGCAGGGGUUGGAGCUGUGAAGUCAGUGGAUGAGAGGUAUCAUGUGUCAGAGAUCACCAAAUCAGCCAUAUCAGAGACGGGAAGAAAAGCCACAGAAGCUGCGAACGCUGUGGUGAAUAGUAGCUACUUUUCUAAGGGAGCUCUUUGGGUGUCGGAUGCUCUAAACCGAGCGGCUAAAGCUGCUGCUGAUUUGGGAAAUCAGAAUGUUAAGCAGUGAGGUAUUUGAUAACAUGGUAUCUCCUGUUGUGUUUGUAUAUAGAACAGAAUAUUGUAGCCAUUUCGUACUUUCGAUACCUUGGUGUUAGUAUAAGUACUUGCUAUACAUAAUGAUAACCCAGAAGAACACUACAGGGGA